AUGGCUUCAGCAGCAUCAUUAUACGAAGUGUUGGGGAUCGCGGCAAGUGCAAGCCGACAUGAGAUAAAAACUGCGUAUCGUAAACUAGCGAAAAGUUUCCAUCCUGAUGUUGUAUCGAUCAAUCAAAAAGGAAUGUCAGCUAAUGAGUUCAUCAAAAUUCACGCAGCUUAUUCUACCUUAUCGGAUCCUAAUAAACGUGCAAAUUACGACACUGAUCUUUUUAAGCAUCGUCUGUCUUUUAAGUCUUCAUCAAUGGUUGCAGCAGCUUCUAGUUUUGGGUCUAGAAAUAGAAACUGGGAGACUGAUCAGUGUUGGUAG